AUGACUACCAUUUCUCGGAACUCCGGCUCUUCACCCUCUCGGAUACCUGCCCCUCCCAAAAACAGGAAAUCAUUCAGCGUGGACAGUAUAUUGGGCCGGGAAACAGAUAGUUCUUCUCCGGAAAUCUCUCAACAAUUUACUCACAUGAAUGCGUCACCUGUUUGCCGCGGCCCUCAGAGCCCCGUCCCCCGGGAUUCUACAACAGAUUGCGACAAUUCAGAAUUGUCGGAAACAUUUUCAGAAUCCACUACUCCGGAGAAAACAGACCAUAUACGGGACAGUCACAGCGACACAUCUCUAGACACUCCGGAUAAUGACGUGGACACUUCACUGGACAAUUGCGACGACGACUCCGGACUCGGAAACAAGCCACGGAAAAUUCGUAGGAGUCGCACCACAUUCACCACAUAUCAGCUUCAUCAACUUGAGAGAGCUUUUGAAAAGACGCAGUACCCCGAUGUUUUCACAAGAGAAGAGUUGGCAAUGAGGUUGGACCUGAGCGAAGCAAGGGUUCAGGUAUGGUUCCAGAACCGGAGAGCAAAAUGGAGAAAAAGGGAAAAGGCUCUUGGUCGCGAGAGUCCAAACUUCCUUCAAGGAGAUUCAGGUCCUUCUCUUGCAGACCUUCCUCAUAUCCCGGCUGGGAGUGGCUAUCCUUCACCGUCUGAUCCAUACUGGUCGACGCGACUGACACAUCUGACAGGGGUAAACCCUAUGAUGGCUUUUCAUCAAAACAAUAUCAGCAGUAUGGCGGCAGCUCAUUAUAUGCAAGGCAAAAUGCCGUUCGGUGGACUUCUAGCUAACUAUGUUGUGAACACGAAUUCAUUCGGAAUUCCAGGAAUCUUACUGGGUGGAGGAAUGCCGGGGGUACCGUCAUCAUCAUUGUUAUCCCCUACAUCUUCACGGUACAACAUGGACCCUGAAUCUCUUGACCUACGGAGGUCAAGCAUAGACAAACUUCGUUUAAAGGCAAAAGAACACUCGGCUUCUACAGAAGCAGGUGAUCUUUCUCCGUAA